UUUCAUCAAUGCGCAGGUGCCACGGGAAUCGCUCUUUGCUCUGUGCAUGUAACUGGAAACCGUCAGUGUUCCACAGUCAUCAGGAAUGAAGGUGGUGGUGUUUGCAGUGACUUUUCUCAGCACCUGCUUUUCAGUUAUGGUCUGUACCACUCAGCUAGAAAAACUUUGAGUGGAGUGAAAACAUCGGUCACGAGUGACUGGCUGGACAACGUCACUCAUGUACCGCUGUUCAACACUGAUGGCGAAGCGAAGACAUUCUUGGGGACCCUCGAUGCAGUAUUCAUGAUUGCCUAUGCGAGCGGACUAUUUUUCUGGGGUUGGUUAGGAGAUCGUCUGAACCCGAAGCAUGUCAUUGUAACGGGAAUGAUCGGAUCAGCUGUCAUGGUUUGA